AUGGAUGGCAGAUUAUUGGACACGAAGAAACUGGAGAGGGCGCAGAGCAAGUACGGCAAAGAGAAUGUAAUGUUAGCGGAUGAUCUGAUCGAGUAUGCGGACGAAUUGAAACCGGCGAUGAGGCACGUGUUCGGACGGGCGGUGGUGUGUAUGAGUGAUAGUGUGGCGAAGGGGGUGACGUUUGAUGAGGAUAUUAGGGUGAGAUCAGUGACUUUGGACGGGACAGAAUAUAAUCCGGCUGGUGUGGUUACUGGAGGUGCUCGUGCCAAUCGAACGGUUUUAUUGAGUGAACUGAAUGAAGUGAUGAAGAAAACGGAUCACAUUAUGGAGAUUGAUAAGAAAGUCGAGAAAUUGCAGGGUUAUUAUUAUUUUUUGUUAUUUAUUAUUGUUAUUAUUUAUUGUUAUUAUUUAUUGUUAUUUAUUAUUAUUUAUUGUUAUUAUUUAUUAUUAUUAUUAAAUUGGGUUGGGGCGUAA